CCUACCACUGUUGUCCAGGGACCCAUGGGGCAGCCCCACGCCCCCGCUCCAUUCGUGGCCGGAACAUUUCCCCCCACCCCCACGCUCUCCACCCCCGUGAGACCGGGCGCCCACGGGGACAUGCCCGGGCCACGCGAAUACAGAAACGGGGCACGGCCCGUGACCUGCGUGGGCCACGGGAACACAUGCGGACCCAGGGCGCACGCUCUGACAUCCGACGACCGCACUGCCCGGCCCCGGUAUGCGCCGUAAGACACCCGUGGCCUAUGGAAGUCCACGCGUGGGCACAGCCAGAUGCUUUGACAUUCAUCGGCCACCCCACCCCACCCACGAUGUGGGGCCCAGGCUCCCAUGGGGAUGGGGAUGGGCAAAGACACACGGACCCACUGUACGGCAGGGAGGGGGGCUGGGGUCAACACACACACACACACACACACACACACACACACGCACGUAGCCCGCGGCGCUGGGCCUGGCAACCUCAGCCCCACACAUCUGGUUUGGAUCAGCUGCCUCUUGGCCGGGGUCCCAGCCCCUCCAGCCCCCCCGCCAGCCCCAGCGGCGCCGCCCGGACAGGCGGGACCAGUGCGUCUGGGACGGGGGGGGACGGAGCCGGCAUGGCCGUGGGGUGCGGGGCGCUGCUGAUGCUGGGGGUGCUGCUGGCGACCGGCCAGGGCCGGCAGCUCAGUUCGGAGGAGGAGAGGCAGGCCCUGAUGCUGAAGCACCUGCAGGAGGUGCUGCAGCUGCCAGAGGAGGAGGGAGAGGGGCCCCCCGAGAUGACACUGACGGAGCUGGCCCCCGAGGGAGGCGAGGGAGAGGAGGAAGGGGAAGAGGGGGAGGGGGCAUCCAUCGAGGGGGACGUUCAGCCCACCCAGCCAGCCCCGACCACAGCAGCCCCUCGGCCAGAGGAGGACGAAUUCACUUACGUGUUCUCGCGGCUGGACAGCCUGGACGCGGCCGUGCACCGGCUGAACGUGCAGUUCUACACCAUGGACCUGCGCCUGUCCCAGGUCUCCCAGGGCCUGGCCGAGCUGCGGGGGCAGCUGGCCGAGGCCCAGGAGGGGCUGAGCGCCCUCCGCCAGACCAGCACCCGCAACCAGCAGGACAUCGGCAAGAUCGACGGCUGCCUGCGGGGCCGGAGAGUCCACGCCAAAUGCUUCCUGAUCGUGAAGCAGUUCGAGGGCUACGACGGGGCACAGGAGCUGUGCCGGCUGCGGGGCGGGAACCUGGCCAUGCCGGCCGACGCCACCGAGCUGGCCGCCCUGCGCCGCUACCUGCAUGAGGCCUUCCAGCCCUUCAACUGGCCGGCCUGGGUGGGCAUCCACGACCGGCGGGCCGAGGGCCUGUGGCUGUACGAGAGCGGCCAGCGCGUCUCGUUCUUCGACUGGUACCGGGACCACCUGGUGAGCCAGCCCAACGGGGGCGCCCGGGAGAACUGCGUCUCCCUCUCCUCCGACGACGGCAAAUGGUGGGACAACGACUGCGCCCGGCGCAUGUACUAUGUCUGCGAGUACCAGCUCUAGGGGGGAUUGGCUCCCGCCCCCGGGACCCUGCACCCUGAGACCCAGCAUCCCCCUGCCCGCAGACCCUGCGCCUGCCCCUUAGGGACCCAGCAUCCCCCAGCCCGGAGACCCUGCGCCCAGAGACCCAGCACCUGACCCUA